CCUCCACCCUCUCCUCAGUGGGUUGGCAUGGCCCAGUGAUGAACGGAGCGUCGGUGCCCGGUAGCCCGGAGCUCUCCUCCUCAUGCCCACUGCCUGACUGGCGAGAAUUCUGCGAACUCCACGCGCGAGCCUCCGCCGCAGACUUCGCCGACAAGUUCCAGCGCUUUCUGUCAGAGAACCCGUGCUACGAUUCGCCAGGCGCCGACGCCAGCUUCUCUCAACACUUUACCCAACACUUUUUGGAGUGUUUCUCGGCGGCUUUGAGCCAGGCUCGGGAGAACCAGGCAUCUUCCUUGGGGGAGGACGGCUUCAACGUCGCACCCAAGUACAGCAUCGUUCCUUUCCUGGGGAUCCAAGGCUGCCCUUUGUCCUACAGCCACGAGCUCUACCAGAGACGCAAGGACGCCGGCGCUUCCAGCGAAUCCCUGGACAGCAUGGACAGCGGAGGGGGCGGGAUUGAACGCGGAGGAGGCGGCGCUACGGCCGGCACCCCCGGACCGCAGCCCGCGCACAAGGUGUCGGCCCUGGGUCAGUCCCGCAGUUCGGAAGACGUUUCAGUGAGCCACCCCAAAGCACGCUUCAAGAAGGGCUUCUCGCUGAGGAACAUGAGCCUGUGCGUGGUGGACGGGGUCAAGGAGAUGUGGCAUCGCCGUGCUUCCCCGGAGCCUGACGGUCCCUCCGCGACCAGAAAGUCAAACGGCAGUGGAGCUGCUGGAGGGGAGAUCACGGCAGCAGUAGGGGGAGAGAGGUGGUCUCAAAAGCUGCGACUACCAAGAGGCUGCCAGGGCCACAAGGCUGAGAUGCUAGAGAUCCAGAGGGAAGGGGCGCUUCGGUACAUGGUGGCCGAUGACACAAACUGCAUGGGCGCGGCACAGUGGCAGAAGUGCCGCCUGCUCUUAAGGAAGAGCAAGAGGGACGAAGGAGCUGACAGGUUCCUGCUUGAGUUCUACGUCCCGCCCAAGUCUUCAAAAGCGAAGGUGAGCAUCCCUCUGGCAGCCAUUGUGGAGGUGAGGACCACCAUGCCCCUGGAGAUGCCUGACAAAGACAAUACGUUUGUCUUAAAGGUGGAGAACGGAGGAGAAUACAUCCUGGAAACUAUCGACUCGCUGCAGAAAAACUCCUGGGUUGCUGACAUCCAGGACUGCAUAGACCCCGGGGACAGCGGCGACGACAUUGAGCUGGCGUCGUGUCCCCACGGUCAGGCUUCAUCCAAAGACUGCUCCAUGGUGACCUCCUGCAGCUGCGAGCUGCUUUCUGAGGGUGUGUACCGAGCUCCGGAGAGGUUAUGCGCAGCAGCGGCAGAGCAUUACAGUGCCCCCUCAGUGCGUUGCAGGGAACCCCCCUUCACCCAGCAUCCAUCCCACAUGCCUUUAGAGCGCUUCCUGCAGUCCCCAGAGGCCCAGGGCUCCAACUCUGCAACAGGAUGCUCAGGUGGCGGCGAUGGAUCCAAGGACUCUGAGGGCGAAGCCAGCCUCGCCGGGUAUCCGUGGUUCCACGGCACGCUGUCGCGCGUCCGGGCGGCUCAGUUGGUGCUGGCGGGCGGAGCCAGGAGCCACGGGCUGUUUGUGAUCCGUCAAAGUGAGACUCGGCCCGGCGAGUACGUCCUCACCUUCAACUUCCAGGGCAAAGCCAAGCAUCUGCGUUUGUCCGUCAACGACAAUGGGCAGUGCCACGUCCACCAUUUGUGGUUCCAUACCGUGUCGGAUAUGUUGAGACACUUCCACGCUCACCCCAUCCCGCUGGAGUCCGGGGGCUCGGCGGACAUCACGCUACGCUCCUACGUUCAAGUGCAGAGAAGCCCCGUUGCAGAUGUGAACGUGCCUCCGCUCGUCACCCCUCCCAGGGGAGACGCAAGCUGCCGCCCGGACUCCGCCCCCCACCCUCCCGGGAUCUCGCCCUCUUCCGGGACCGCCGCCGACGCACCCCUCUCCUCAAGUACCUCGUCUUCACCCACCGCCCUGCCCUCCCUCUCCCGCAGCGACCCGGGCACCGGCGGAGGCUUACAGAGCCGCAGCAACAGUUCGGAGCGUCUGCUGGAGGCCUCGGGCGCCGCGUCCGAGGACUACCACGACGCUGACGGGACCCGACGGGCCCGAGCGGUGGAGAACCAGUACUCUUUCUACUGAGUGACCCCCAGGUCAACGACCACGAAAACGCUCCAAAUCCGCCGCUCUGUUUGUUUGUGUUUCAACAGCAAUUUCCUGUUGCUCUCGUUUGGAGAAGGGGCGGCUUUUCCGUCGGGUUGUGCAGCUGCGCUUCGUAUCGUCAAAGCGUAAUGAGGCAUGACAAAGGGCUAAGCUUAGACGACACUCGCAGAGGGGCCUGCAUGAAGGAACUAAAAGCGGCGGGGAUGUGUGUAGGCAGAAAGAGCAACAGGAAGUCAUCCCGCUCCACUCAUAUGGCUUUGAUUCAACUCAUCUGACCGCUUCCUUCUUGAGAGCCGACUUUGAAACGAGCCCGUAGCAAGGCUACGGUCCAUGUUUGCAGAGCUGCUUGCAGUGCAUCCGGGUUAUAUGCCGCAUUUCCCCUGAGGAGUCUCAGCUCUGAGCCUGCCGCACAUGUGCGAUAGAGUUAGAAGACGAAAGAGGUGUCAUGGAGGGCCUAUUUAUGCUGCAUUCAUAUUCUAAAAACGGUUGGGUGAAAAAUAACCCAAUUAUGUGGGUCACAGAGGGACUGACUGCUACUUGGGUCAAUUUGACUGAAAUUGACUAUUUGUACAAAAUAAUGACAUGUUUAGUGUUUUGUGCGUAAAUUUUUUGGGGGGGAAUGGGAUCGGUCCCUUUGUCACCUGUAAUUGGGUUAUAUCUGACCCAAGUACUUGUGGGAAAUUGGACAUUUUGAACUGGAGGGUUUGGGUUUUUUUUGGACAAUGCAAGCUACACAAAUAUCAAUUUUUUGACAUUUUUAUUUCUUUAUUUUCUUCCUAAGUGUGAGGCCCCACAAAUAAUGUGGACAAAAAUCAGCAUUCGUAUUUUAUGGGGAGCACUUUGGAGGAGUGAUGAGCACAUCUUCCACACAGUUCGGAACUUCAGGGUGCCAAUAUUUUUAUAGGAUGCUUUUUUUGGGGGGGUUACAAAGUACAGUAAAAAUACGAGUGGGAUAGGAUGGGAUAGACUUCGUUCUGAGGAUAAAGAGGAUCAGAAAAUGGAUGGAUAGAUUUUUAACAUUUCCACUGAAAUAGAUGCGCAUGAUAUAUUUUUAAAAGAUAUUUGUAUCGUAAGAAAUACAGUACAAUAGAAAUAGUAUUAUUUAUUCUUCUAGACUGUAAUCUGAACCUGUUGCUCUUGUUUAUUUCUCGUUUUUGAUGGUUUUUUUUCUUCUUCCAGAAAGCAGCCCUUCGAAUGCCGCCGUAUCAACGUAAGCUUUACGGAUGCCAAUGACAACUUAGGCAGCACAUGAUGAUAUCAGUCAGAGUUUAAGGUAAUUCCAAUUUCUCAAUGACACCAACUGGUGUUUUUCCCUCCCGAAGUCCAGCGAAAAAAACUAUUGGAGGUGAGGUGUCUAAUUAUCCCAGGCCCUCUCCAUGUGCGUGGUUAUGAGUUUUGGUGAAAUCAGGCUACGAGGAGUCGAAAGACUCGACUUGAAAUCACUUUUCUUCAUAGUCAUAGGUGCGAAAUGUCCAAUUUCCCGAUUUUCGAGAAUGGUGAGCAAAGGCGUGCAACCAAAAUGCUCACAAAACAUGCAUUUCUCCGCAACAUCAAUUCAUAAGUGUGUGAAAAGUGAGGUGGUUUAAUACGGGUCAGGGUGGCUUCCAUUUGCUGUCACACUGGCUUAUUUUAUGAGCGUGAGUGUGUGUCUGGUGAUGUAUUUGAGUAUUUUUGGAUGAUCGCCGUGUUACAGUAGUGAUUCUAAAACAGGGUUGGUUUUUUUUGUUGUUGUUUUUUUUAAUACAAGCUCGUUAUAUGGGUAAGCUGUAGAUUCGAUAUGCUGUUUUAAUAUACUGAACAAAAACAUGAAUGCAACAAUUUUGCUUUUGCUCAACUCAAAGAUGGAAAACUUUUUCUCUGUACACAGUCGGCCCGUUUUUCUUUUUUAUAGUUCAGUUAGGUUCAAAUCUGUGCUGGUUAGCACUUCUCUUUUACCGAGGUCAUCCAUUCAGCUGACUGGGGUGGCAUGUCAAGAUGCUAAUUAGACAGCAUGAUUUACUGAACAGGCAAACUUUAGCUAACCGCAAUAAAAUGUGCACGGUAUUGCUUGGCCACGCCUGUGAGGUGGCUGUAUUGUCUCGGCAAAAGAGAAGUGCUCUCCAACACAGAUUUAGAAACAUUUGUAAAUAUUUGAGAGAAACUGUUUGGUGUACUGUUGUGCCUUGAGAUGCGAUUUUAAUUAGUUUUGUUUAUCAACUCAAUCAAUCCACCCCCCACCCCACCAAAAAACGUUUUUUUCAGAAUGUAUUUUUAAACAGAAAAAUAGCGCAAGAUAUGUGUAUAUAUAUAUAUAUAUAUAUAUAUAUAUAUAUAUUUUAAAACAUAUUAACACAUUUAAAUAGGAUUUAUUUUGUGAAAAAAAAUCAAUCAAUAAAUAAAUAGACAUAUUGUGCAUCAAGAUAAACCUUUAAGGUGGCAGAUUUUUUGUCAAUAACAUAUUAUUGUUUAAUUUAUAUUAUAUUUAAUGCACGAUUAAGGGGUUACACUGUUUUCUGGGUGUGUCUGAAUGUCCAGAAAAGAUAAAUGUUUUUUGUCUUAUUCUCUCUGGUCGAAUUGAGAAACAAUGAAUAAAAAUCAAUCUGCAAGGCGUCGGAGUUAGAUUAGCUACGAUAGAUUUUGUUCGAUUGACCCUCAGUCACCACAUGACCCCCUCGUGUGAUGCUUCAGCUGCCCCCCAGCUUUUUUUAAAAUUGUUUGUUCACCUAUCAAGGAAGUGACUCAUUUCAGCCAUUUCAUAACAGGCGUGUUGUGAUUCUUUUAGACCGCCCAUUUUUUUCUAAUUGGAAAAAUAAGUAAACCAGCGACAUGAUCGCCUCAUAGUCCACAUGUACUGUACUGUACAUUAUCAUGUUGAAAUUCGGACUAUUCAGUUUGUAGGAAAGAAAUUCAUACCAGCCGGAUAAAGCAACACGCUUGUACUAUCGUAUAGCAGGCUGGGGUGGAAGACGGUGCGGGUCAAGCGAGUUGGCCAGACUCUUUUAAUAUACGGCACUGGUCAGACAAACAAAAAUAAAAAAAAUUCCAUAAUUACUAUGUAAACUGUAAAAUAAUUUCUCACAGAGCAUACGUGUAUGUAUCUAUGUGUCUGUGAGCAUUGUUAAUUUGUCUCUCUCCAUUUGUUGAUGCAGCAUUUCUGCUCAAAUGUGCGUUGCGUCGAGGGUCUCACGCCAUGACUAUUCAUCAUUCGUUAGCCCAUCUAUGGCGUUUUUACAUUUUAGUUCAUUAAGUUUCCAAAGAGCAAAGUUUUGUGGUUGUUUUAAAUUUGCAAUUCUCUUUGUUUUUUCAAUAUAAGGGUCACACCAAGUGGUCGCUCGUUUUGAUAUUUAAUUUGACAAUAAACUUCACUUUGUGGGACUUGUCAAAUUUUUGCUCCAAAGUCAAAGCAAAAUAUCACGAGUAUUUCCACCGUACAUCGAAAAAGUCUUAGAUAUUUGAGUUCAGCUCAUGAAAAA